GGGGCCUGGGCCGGAGGCGCCGCCGCCGCCGCCGCCGCCGCAGCCGCAGCCGCCGGCGUAAGUGGGCCGAGGGCCUGGGGACCGUGAGCCAGACCAGGGGGUCCGGGAGGGAUGCGAGGAGGGGCGUGCGCCCACCCUGGCUGGCUGCCCGGAGGAGGAGGCCUCGGCGCCCCGCAGGCUCGGCCCGCCCCUGGAGGUACAACUCCCCCCGUUUGUCGCGCACGCAGCGACGUGGAACCGGGCGCGCACAAGUGGCAGCUUCCCGAAGGCGCUGUCCUCUCCCGCCGUCCUUGAAUUCUGGCUGCGCCGCUCAGACUUGGGCGACUUGUCUGCAGGAUAGGGAGGAGGCGGGGCGGGUGGAGCCGCUGGGGAGGGUCAGGUGAGGUUCGACCUGCUGGUGGCAUAGGGGCCGUCUUCAGAGCUGUCCUGAAGCCUUAGCCAGUCGCGCUUGGUGCACAUCCUGUGUGCCCAGCCCCUGCUGAGGAUACUGGACUCUGAUGGGGAACGGGAAGGGCGGCCAGUGACAGAGGAGCGCCUGGUCCCAAAGAGGGCGAAGGGAACUUGGUUCUUACAAGUUACGGGCAGAGACGGGCUAUUCUGUGGGGACACCUGCGCAGAGGGGAGUAUGGUGCCAGAAGGGGUCCUGGCAGAGGAAGCUGCGUAGGGCCAACGCUGGCAUCUGGUGCGACUGGACCUCACCGGAGGAGCAGGUGUGGCCCGGAGGCAGAGCGCGCGCGUCCUCGCCAGGCCCGGCCCACGGCCCCAAUGGAGGGUGCAAUGCAGCUGCUGAGCCGUGAGGGCCACACCGUGUCCCACAACUCCAAACGGCACUACCACGAUGCCUUCGUGGCCAUGAGCCGCAUGCGGCAGCGUGGCCUCCUGUGUGACAUCGUCCUGCACGUGGCGGCCAAGGAGAUCCGAGCACACAAGGUGGUGCUUGCCUCCUGCAGUCCCUACUUCCACGCCAUGUUCACAAAUGAGAUGAGUGAGAGCCGCCAGACGCACGUGACAUUGCAUGACAUUGACCCUCAGGCCUUGGACCAGCUGGUGCAGUUUGCAUACACGGCUGAGAUUGUGGUGGGCGAAGGCAACGUGCAGGUGAGGCUGCCUGGUCCCUCCCUCAGUUUCCCUCUCCCUCAGUCCCUCCCACAGCUCCGCUGGGCCCCUGUGCCUCAGCUCCUGGUGUUUCCCUGUGCCUCUCCCGCAGUCCCUCAUGGCCCGUUUCCCUGCCCCUGCUCCCCUGGCUCUCUCUCUCUCUCUCGUGUCAUCCCACAGACUCUGCUCCCAGCUGCCAGCCUCCUGCAGCUGAAUGGCGUCCGUGACGCCUGCUGCAAGUUCCUGCUGAGUCAGCUCGACCCCUCCAACUGUCUGGGCAUCCGGGGCUUUGCUGACACGCACUCAUGCAGCGACCUGCUCAAGGCCGCACACAGGUACGUGCUGCAGCACUUUGUGGAUGUGGCCAAGACCGAGGAGUUCAUGCUGUUGCCACUAAAGCAGGUGCUGGAACUGGUCUCUAGCGACAGCCUGAACGUGCCUUCAGAGGAGGACGUCUACCGUGCCGUCCUGAGCUGGGUCAAACAUGACGUGGACGCUCGGAGACAGCAUGUGCCAAGGCUCAUGAAGUGUGUGCGCCUGCCCCUGCUGAGCCGGGACUUCCUGCUGGGCCACGUGGAUGCUGAGAGCCUGGUGAGGCACCAUCCUGACUGCAAGGACCUGCUCAUCGAGGCCCUCAAGUUCCACCUGCUGCCUGAGCAAAGGGGUGUUCUGGGCACCAGCCGGACGCGGCCCCGGCGCUGUGAGGGCGCCGGCCCCGUGCUCUUCGCCGUGGGUGGUGGGAGCCUGUUCGCCAUCCACGGAGACUGUGAAGCAUAUGACACGCGCACUGACCGCUGGCACGUGGUGGCCUCCAUGUCCACGCGCCGGGCCCGGGUGGGCGUGUCAGCAGUUGGGAACCGGCUGUAUGCUGUGGGUGGUUACGAUGGGACUUCAGACCUGGCCACCGUAGAGUCGUACGACCCUGUGACCAACACCUGGCAGCCUGAGGUGUCCAUGGGCACGAGGCGCAGCUGCCUGGGUGUGGCUGCCCUGCACGGGCUCCUGUAUGCAGCUGGUGGCUACGAUGGGGCCUCCUGCCUCAACAGUGCUGAACGCUAUGACCCUCUGACGGGAACAUGGACGUCCAUCGCUGCCAUGAGCACCCGGAGGCGAUACGUGCGUGUGGCCAUGCUUGAUGGGAACCUGUACGCUGUGGGUGGUUACGACAGUUCGUCACACCUGGCAACUGUGGAGAAGUAUGAGCCCCAGGUAAAUGCAUGGACCCCCGUGGCCUCCAUGUUGAGCCGACGAAGCUCAGCAGGGGUGGCGGUGCUGGAGGGGGCCCUCUACGUGGCCGGCGGCAACGACGGCACCAGCUGCCUCAACUCUGUGGAGAGAUAUAGCCCUAAGGCCGGUGCCUGGGAGAGCGUGGCCCCCAUGAACAUCCGAAGGAGCACGCACGACCUGGUGGCCAUGGACGGCUGGCUGUAUGCCGUGGGGGGCAACGAUGGCAGCUCCAGCCUCAACUCCAUCGAGAAGUACAACCCGAGGACCAACAAGUGGGUGGCCGCGUCCUGCAUGUUCACGAGGCGCAGCAGCGUGGGCGUGGCAGUGCUCGAGCUGCUCAACUUCCCGCCGCCCUCCUCGCCCACGCUGUCCGUGUCGUCCACCAGCCUCUGACCAGCGGCGCGGACUGCCCAGAGGCCCGGCCCCGCGGCCUCCCACAUGCCUUAAGCCCCACAGGGCGGCCCCAGCACCUCGCGUGUCGGGGGCGGGGUGCUCGGCCCCCACAAGAAAGUCCUGCCCUGUCUGUCCUUGUCUCUGCGUCGAGGCCGGCCACUUCUGUGUUCACUGCUCAGUGUGUGUGCGUGUGCGUGUGCGCCGUUUACUUACUUCCUGGUUUAUUUAUUUAUUUAUUAUUUAUCGGUCAGUGAACCGCGCAGCACCUACUAGUUCACGCGUUUCCCCUUGACGUGUCUUGUGUCUCUGGGACCAAGCUGCCUUCCCAGGUGUCCUGCCCCACUGGGGGCACCAAUGAGCAAUGGGGGUGGACACUUGGAUUGUGGAUGGGUCAGAGGUGAGCUCAGACUCUAGACCUGGAGGGACUGCGGGGGCAGGUGCAGAGCAGCAGGCCAGGGUUGCAGGGGUGGGGGGCGGUUUCUGAGCAGGUGCAGACCCUUCCAGCCUGGGUUUUGCACACCUCCCCUACCUUGCCCAGCAAGGCACACUCCCAAGAAGGGCAUGAUGCAAGCUUCCUUCUCGUGGGCAUGGUGUGUCUUCUGGAUCCUGCACUGAGCUGAGCACAGUGUGCCCCAGACCUCACACAGCAAUAUGAGCCAACUUGAACAAUAAACAUGUUUCUCGGGCUC